AUGGACGUCGACGCCACGACCACUCGCAGGGCUCCUCUCACCCCUCAAGAACGCGAACAACGCCUCAAGAACAACCUCUGCCUUUACUGCGGUGAAGGUGGCCACCAGGUCAGCUCUUGCCCCGCCGCUCCAAGGAAGUAUCCAGGACGUCGUGCUGGCAACGCCACUUUCUCCAUCACAGAUGCCGCUGCCACCUCUAGCAAUUCGAAAAACUAGAGCGUCCUCUGCCCUCGUGUACGCAUGAGGACAUCACACACGCGAACGGCAUCACUCGGUCACCUCCUUUACCGGUCUACACCACUCUGGCAUCCACACUCGACACACAACCUUUCGAUCAUCUCGUCCUACCCCUCGACUUCUGCCUGGAAUCUCCGGUCUCGGGCUCGGCCCUCAUCGACUCGGGUGCGACCUCGUUGUUCAUUGACGACUCUUUCGUGUCUCGUCAUGGCCUCGUCCGCCGCCCCUACUCGACUCCGAUCCCACUCUUUGUCAUCGACGGCCGCCCCAUCGCGUCCGGCCACGUCACCCACUUCGUUCGCCUCACGAUCACGCUCGGAGGACACUCUCAAGUCAUUUGUCAUGGUCACCAAAUUGUUCAAUACCCUUCAAGUCCUCCAUCCCCCGGUCAUUCUUCUUCGAUCUUCACCCAUCGCUCCCGUGCGCCCUUUCUCUCGUGCACGCGCCUUUCUUCCCGCACGCGCCGUCAAGACUUCGCGCUCGGACCUCCAAGGCGCCUCGGGUCAAAGGGACGGUUCCCCUUCAACGCGACCUCCGGUCUUCCCAUCGGCAUUGGCACGACUUCCCCUUCGGACCCCUUGUAGUUCCUACACUGGGCUUCCCUCAUCCGGCAUACACUACAUUGCCUUAGCCACUUCUCAACAAAGGAAUGGCUCUCCAAUAAGGCACAGCCUUUGUUGCGCACGGUACCGCCUUCGGGCAAUGGAUUCUCCUCUGGUUGUGGUAGACUAGCUCUCUGGUAGAUUCUCUCUCUCUCUCUCUUCUUCUUCUUCUUCAGUUGUAAUAUUCGAUCGACAGUGUUCCUACACCUUGUCCGAAUCCCAUCCUUCCGACGCUCUUCUCGCGCCCUCGCUUCCGAACUCCGCUUCCGAACCGACCUCCUCGUGAUCACCUCCUAUCAUCUCACGCACCAGGCAUACAAGUGCUAUUGACGUAAUACCUUUCACGGUGUGACGUUGGAUAGAUCUUCGUUACCUCCACUCCUAUCAUCGUCUCUUCCUCUUCGGACUUGACCCUGACAUCAUUCAGGCCGAUGUCACGCAGUUGGGUACCUACUGGAGCAGAAGGUUCUGA